AGAAGUGCGAGACCAAGUCAAUAUGGUUGCCAGGAGUACACAGAAGAUAACAAGUAUCGAUGUGGACCAGUAACACAAUGCUUGCUCACUCUUCAGUACAGCUCAUUCUCAACACCAUGGUAUACCACCACAACAUUAAACAGCAACAGCAGCAAGCAAGUGACUGGCAUAGACAGUGGGAAGAUUUACAAUACUGGAUGUGUGGGAAAUGGAAACAGGAUCAUAUUAUUUCAGUUUGCUCAACUAUGUACUGAUCUCCAAGAGAGAAAACAGAAAUGGAGUAGAAGUGGAAUUGGAGAUAAACUUACAACUAAUCGUAUGAGGAGGCCUCCUCCCUGGCACUGGGAGAUACUCCUUAACCAACAUCGCCAAGAAAACCCAAGAAGAAACAGGAACAAGUGGGAGAAGAGAGAGGAGAGACAAGAAUGGGAUAGAGCAUGUCAUUGGCAGCAGCGAAAGCGGUUUCUGUUUACGCAUUCAGUUUUUCAGUCAUUGGGAUGGGGUUCAGCUGUUGUACUAACUUGGUCCAUAUAUAAUGACUGGGGCAACCACCCAUACAGUUAUCACUGGAACACAAGGAGACAAUGCAAAGAAAUUUUUCUUAGUCAAAGUGAGGAAGAAAUUAAUUCCAAGCCUAAAACCAAUGACAGUGAACAGCAUCAGCACAAUAAGGAAGGUGAAGACCAAUAUUGCUACAGUGUUAGCCAGUCUGGUUGCCUUGGUGACCACAACUGCCAGUGUCCCCAGCACACAUUAUACAAAGAAAAUUUUUGCAGCCAACAAAGCCAGAAUUUUUUCUGUCCUGAGACUAACAGGUCUCUCUUCAGUUUUCUGUGGAGCUCUUCUGAACAUAAAUUCUUAAUAGAACAACCAACAGAUACACUGUCAGAUGUUCUUGAUAUUCCAGAAAUUCAAGAAUUCCAAGAUAAAGACAGAAUAGAACUACCUGUAGUUCAAAGUAAAUUCUCUGUGGAAGUACAACCAAAAGAUUCACUGUCAGAUGUUCUUGAUACUCGAGACAUUCACUCAAAUAUUCAAGAAUUCCAAGGUCAUAAGAGACUAGAAUUGCAACAGGACUAUGAAAAUGAAACAGAGCUGUCCAUAGAGGGAGAAGCCCAGGUGUGUGAGCAAGAUGAGGACUCUGGACGGCCUGUAAAAGGAGAUUUGAAAUGUAGUCUAAAUUCUGAGCUGUGUAAUAGUUUGCCGGCAUCAGGUUUGGAACAAGAUGCCAUAAAUACGAGUGAUGGUCUAGGCUUACUCCAAGGAGAAACUUUAUUUGAGGAGAAUGGGAUUGUUGAGUGCAUGAAAGUCUCAAGAGAAAUUAAAGGAUCAGAAGAAUGUGUGCCAUGUGGCUCAGGCAUUUUAACAAAGCCUCAAGCUGUAAGGAGUGAGGAGGUGAAAAUUAAGGACUGUACCUCUGAUGACAGUGGCCAAAGUACAUCAACAUCUUCAAACUCUUCAUCACACCAGCUUGACAAGAUGACUAUUGAAGAAUUCAGUGACAGCUUAACAAAGAUCCUGAUGGCUGGGAGUCAAGAUAUAAAGAAAUUUCAAGAUCAGCUCAUGGGAGUACUAAAGGAUGAUGUUAACCUCAGUCUUGUUGACACAGAUCCAGACUCUGCAGUCCUCUAUUUUCAAGCAGGAGCACUGCUUGGCGACCCCUCAUCUGCUUUCAACCUUGCUCUCUGUUAUCAUCUAGGCCGUGGUGUCACUCAGGACUUCAAGAUGGCCCGUGAACUAUAUGAAUCUGCUAGCCUAGCUGGACAUGGAUGGGCUACCUACAAUCUGGCUGUAUUGAUGAAUCAGGGCCAAGGAGGAGCUCGUGAUUCUGACCGUACAUACAACCUCCUCUUGCAAGCUGGUAAAAGAGGUGUCUCUGAAGCUCAGGAAGUCCUCAAGCAGUUGGAGGAACAAGAGGAGAAUGAGCUCUUGGAAGAAAGUUCACUCAAGUCUUCUCAGUCAGAACCAUCCCUCACAUCUGUCUCAUCCAGAAAGUGGUCAUCGUCAUAUUCUACGAGUGAUCUAGAAUUUAUGGAUGAAACUGAUUUAUGGGAUUCUACGGAUUUCUCAACAGAUAAAGAUUACUCAGAAAGCACAAAAAGCGUCUUUUAUCUAGGUUAAUGAAUCAUUAUUUAAAUUCAGUGCUUUUGUUGUGUAUAAGAAUUUGGCUAUGGUGUUGUGGAGAUGAUGUACCUGUGAAGUACAAGGUAGUGUGAUAUUAAAUUUACUCAAGUUGAUCAGGUUUGAAAAAGAAAAUGGAAUGAGAACUUUGUAAGGAUAAGGGAAUAUAGAUUUGAAUCAGGGAAUUAGUAUCUGUUGAACGAUACAGUAUCAAUUGAAGAAAAGAUUGAUGAGCAAUUGUGCAUUAAUGUAUAGUUGAUAUAUUAGCAUCAAGUAGAAAUGAUAGAAACUGAAAGUCUGUGAGAGAGGAAGAUGAGACUAGAACUUGGUAAAAUAUGAAGAAGAUUUUACUAUCUUUGAUAUUGUGUGGGCACAUACGAAGAAUGGUAAUAGUAUGUCUUACAAACACUAAUAUUUAAGGUGAAUGUGAUCAAGAAAAUAAAGAGGAAACAGAAAAGGGAAAAGAAUGGCAAGGGAAUAUUAUCUGCAUAAAAGAUGAGUAAAUACAGACGCAGUGGUCCCUCGGUUAACGAACACAAUUCGUUCCACCGAGUCGUUCGUUAACCGAAUCCAUUGUUUCAAUGGGAUAUUGGGUAAUUGGUUCCAGCCCACAGAAAAGUACAUACAA